AUGGAGUUUGGAAGUGCUCAGAACUUUCUAGAGGGCAAAGCCAUUUUAGUCAUGGGUGCAACGGUUCUGUCGAAGGAUUUGUUCAGGGUGCUACGAGGAAUGUGGGGAGCAGAUUUUGUCUCCUUCAUAUCUGAGAAGGUGUUGGCUGUCGGUGGAGAUGUUUCUGUUGAGAACUUGGGAGUCAAAGACACAAAGCUGAGGGAAAAGUUGUUGGAAGAGACAGACAUCAUAAUAAAUUCUGCUGCUACUACCAAGUUUUAUGAGAGAUUGGAUGUUGCUAUGGGGAUUAAUACGAUGGGUGCUCUUAAUGUUCUGAACUUUGCCAAGAACUGUAGUAAAUUACAAAUGCUUCUUCAUGUAUCGACAGCUUACGUAUGCGCAAUGGGGGAACAGAUUUUGAUGAACAUGAAAGGUGAUAUACCAUUGAUCAUUGCACGCCCCACCGUAAUACUCAGCACUUACUCUGAACUAUUUCCUGGUUGGAUUGAAGGUGUCAGAACUUUGGACCUCUUUGUUGUGAUGUACGGUAAAGGAAAGUUAACAAGAAGCAUUGGUCGUCGGAGUACAAUUAUAGAUGCGAUACCUGCAGACAUGGUGAUAAACUCCAUGAUAGUAGCACUGGAGGCUUGUUCAAAGAGUUCUUCAAAGACAUUGAUUUAUCAUAUUGGUUCUUCACUGAGAAAUCCAUUCAGAAUUUCUGAUCUUGAGGACUUGGCCCAUCAAUACUUUACAAAACAUCCUUUGACAGACAUGUAUGGAAAACCAGUGGCUGUUCCCAAGAAAAUUACGUGGAUGUCUAGUGUGAGUUCAUUUGACAGAUACAUCAACAUUCGGUACAUGCUAGCUCUCAAGGGAUUGAACGUGAUGAACAAAAUGUGCUGCUACAGUCACGAGGCAUUUCACAAUGAAAGUAAACAGAAAGUGAAAAAGAUGAUGGGAAUAAUGAGACUUUAUAAACCUUAUGUCCUCUUUGAUGGAAUCUUCGAUGACAAGAACGCAGAAAAUUUAAGGAUGACAAAAAUGAAGGGAAAAGAUGACGAUGAUGUUGGAAGAUUUAACUUUGAUCCCACAACCAUUGAUUGGACUCCUUAUAUGUUAAACACUCACAUUCCUGGACUUGUGAAGUAUGGUGUCAAGUAA